UAUUUAUUUUUACUAAUUCGCUUGUUAGGGUUUCUAACACAAGCAUUUUUUCUAGCUGCCAGCAGACCACGCACCAGUACUCUGUCAUUUCUGCGAGCUCAAGGACUCCUCUCCCUCUCUCUCCCUCUCCAUGGACGGCGUUACAGAGAGAACCGCGCAAGCAAUUUCCGAAAUAUCCAUGGAUUCUUCUUCUCCUACGGAAUCGACAGCGUCUGCUGAAGCGCUAAGCAAGAAUGCCCGCAAGAAGGAACUAAAGAAUAAGCAGAGGGAAGAGGAAAGACGGCGCAAAGAGGAGGAAAAAGCGAGACAGGCUGCUACCAUGCCAAGCUCCCAAGUCCAGAAGCACCAAGUAGCUGAUGAUGAAGACAUGGAUCCAACGCAAUACUUUGAAAAUAGGCUGAAAGUACUUGCAGCUCAAAAGGAAUCUGGCAGUAAUCCAUAUCCUCACAAAUUUUUUGUUUCGAUGUCUAUACUUGAAUACAUAAAAGAGUAUAGAAGUUUAAGCGAUGGAUGUCAUCUUGAGGGAGAUACAGUAUCAUUGGCUGGGAGAAUUAUGAGCAAACGAUCUUCCUCUUCAAAGCUGUUCUUUUAUGAUUUGCAUGGUGGUGGUACCAAAGUCCAAGUUAUGGCUGAUGCAAGGAGCUCAGGCAUGGAUGAAGCUGAGUUUUCUAAGCUUCAUUCUGGUGUGAAGCGUGGGGAUAUUGUUGGUGUCACUGGAUUUCCAGGAAAAACUAAACGAGGGGAACUGAGCAUUUUCCCUAAAUCAUUCAUAAUCUUAUCACAUUGUCUCCAUAUGAUGCCAAGGCAAAAGGCAGCUCGAGGUUCAGAUGAUGCAAAUGCAAAGAAAAUUGAUGCCUGGCACCCAGGGAAUGCAAGGAAUCCUGACGCAUAUAUUUUGAAGGAUCAGGAAACUCGAUAUCGUCAACGUUACUUAGAUUUGAUGUUGAAUAUGGAGGUCCGUGAAAUAUUCAAGACCCGGGCUAAGAUUGUUUCUUAUGUUAGAAGAUUUCUUGACAGUCUUGAUUUCUUGGAGGUUGAAACACCCAUGAUGAACAUGAUUGCGGGCGGUGCAGCUGCCCAUCCAUUUGUGACCCAUCACAACGAGCUGAAUAUGAAGCUGUACAUGCGCAUUGCCCCUGAACUUUAUCUUAAAGAGUUGAUUGUUGGUGGACUAGACCGUGUCUAUGAGAUAGGAAAGCAAUUUAGGAAUGAAGGGAUUGACUUGACUCAUAAUCCUGAGUUCACUACGUGUGAGUUUUAUAUGGCGUUUGCAGAUUACAAUGACUUGAUGGAGCUCACUGAGAAAAUGUUGAGUGGGAUGGUCAAGGAGCUGACAGGCAGUUGUAAAGUUAAGUAUCAUGCAAAUGGAUUAGACAAGGAUCCAAUUGAGAUUGACUUUACCCCUCCUUUCAGAAGAAUUGACAUGAUAGAUGAGCUGGAGAAGAUGGCAAAGCUCAGUAUACCCAAAGAUUUUUCAAGUGAGGAAACAAACAAAUAUUUGGCAGAUGCUUGCGCGAAGUUUGAUAUUAAAUGUCCCCCUCCUCAGACAACAGCUCGUUUAUUGGACAAACUAGUGGGGCACUUCUUGGAGGAGACGUGUGUAAAUCCUAGUUUUAUUAUUAACCAUCCAGAGAUAAUGAGUCCUUUGGCAAAGUGGCACAGAUCCAAACCGGGCCUAACUGAGCGUUUUGAAUUGUUCAUCAACAAACAUGAACUUUGCAAUGCAUACACGGAGUUAAAUGAUCCUGUUGUACAACGUCAGCGGUUUGCAGAGCAACUGAAGGAUCGACAAUCAGGUGAUGGUGAAGCAAUGGCUUUGGAUGAAACAUUUUGCACAGCUCUUGAGUAUGGCUUGCCUCCUACAGGUGGCUGGGGAUUGGGUAUUGAUCGGCUAGCAAUGUUGUUGACAGAUUCGCAAAAUAUUAAGGAAGUUCUUCUUUUUCCAGCGAUGAAACCUCAAGAUGAACCAUCCGCAAAAGGUACUUGUUAUGUCUUCAGCCAUUUAUUUGUGGCAUACUGCUUAGUUUAUUUGGCAGAAGCAUGUUUUGCUAGACUUACUCUUCGAUUUAGAGUAACUAGUCUUCUCCUGAUUGCUUUUAUUGGAGCUUUAUUAACAGUUUUCAAUUAUGUUUUGAUACUGCAGCUACACAGGGAUUAAGUUAAAAUCUGGCAUUGAUGUUUUGUUGGUUUUUUGUCAAAUGGAGAAGGUAAUUUACUGCAAAGUGUAGGUCCUAUUAUUAAUUUAUUAUAAUACUAUUGGAGCUAGAAAUUUUGAGGAUCUCUGAUUUUGACCCUUGAUCAAGGGUUUGUCACCAUGCCAUAUUUUUAAUAGACAAAAAAUUUCACCCA